AUGUCCCGAUACGCAGAAGUCCAUCUGAAUCCGAAUGGCCCCGGGGAUGCUCGUCCCACAGCUAUUCAAAUUAUCAAGGACGAAGAGGCGGAGGGCAAGCUAGCUGGGAAAGUUAUUGUCAUCACAGGCACUUCGGCUGGAAUAGGGAUCGAGACAGCACGUGCUCUGUCUUUGACUGGCGCAAAGCUGUUGUUGACCGCACGAGACUUGAACAAAGCCAAGACUGCUUUGGAUGGAAUCCUCGUACCUGGACGGGUUGAACUUGUCAAGAUGGAUAACAAUUCCCUGAGCAGUGUACGUGCCGCCGCAAAAGACAUUCUCCAGAAGUCGAAUAACCAAGUCAACAUCCUUAUCAACAACGCCGGUAUCAUGGCUCUGCCCAAGCUGGAGCUCACGGAAGACGGUUUUGAAAAGCAAUUUGGAGUCGAUCAUCUCGCUCAUUUUCUCCUCUUUGAGCUCUUGAAGCCAGCUCUCCUCGACAGCGCCAGCCCUGAAUUCUCAUCUCGAGUCGUUAAUCUCGCUUCUUCUGCUCACCACGUAGCACCGAUCAACGAAUCGGGCAACUACAAUUUUGAGAAGACUGAAUACAAUGAAUGGGUUGCAUAUGGGCAAGCAAAAACCGCUAACAUCUAUAUGGCCAACGAAAUCGAGCGACGCUACGGAUCGCGAAGGCUUCAUGCUACAAGCGUUCAUCCUGGAGUGAUUGCCUCAACGGGGCUCAUGCAGUACAUGGACCCUGCAAUCAAGGAAGAAAUGAAAAAGGAUAAAAAGGCGUACAACAUCAUGAAGACGGCAGAACAGGGUGCUGCGACGACAGUGUGGGCUGCCAUCGGACAAGAAUGGGAAAAGAAGGGUGGAGAAUAUCUUGCUGAGUGCGGAAAGACAACCCGUGGGAAUGACAAUCACGAGGUUACGGGUGUAGGGUUUGCAGGGUAUGCUUACGAUCCUGAGGCUGAGGCUCGACUUUGGAAGGAUUCGUUGAUAAUGGUGGGUUUGACAGACGAUCAAUAA